UCUUGUCCUGCAGAUCACUGGGCACGUGGGGCAGGAUAUCAUGCAAGAUAGUGGAAUCCGCAAUGCAAGUGACCUCUGCCAGAAGGGACUUCGGAUCGUUUCAUUCAUCCAAUGUUCAAGAGCUUCUUGGAACUGCAAAGACAAGAAAUUACAUCCCUCCUUCAUUGCCAUUUGACCUACCUCAAUUUUUGUACGGAAAUGGAAAUACACCGCCAUUUGGUCAAGAGAUGAGGAAAAAGCAUUUCCUUCUUGAGGAGGCGACAACUUUUAUUAAUCACGGAGCUUUCGGUUGUACUUUGAAAGAUGCUCUAGAUGUUGCCCAGAAAUGGCAGGUGUAUAUUGAACAACAGCCAUUGCGGUUUUAUGACAGAGAACUGUUUCCUCAUCUGGUAUUUGUUACCAAGCGAUUAGCUGAGUUUGUGGGUUGCUCGCCCACUGACUUAGUGCUGAUACCAAAUGUUACCAUGGCAAUGAACUGCGUUAUAAAAAGUCAGGUUCUGAAACCGGGAGACACAGUAUUCAUGUUAAAUGUGACCUAUGGUGCUGUGAAAAAGCUUCUUAAACAAGUUUGUGAUGAACGAGGAGUGACAUUGCAAGAGGAAAGUCUGGAAUUUCCACUAUUUGGACCUAGUCAGAUUAUCACAAAAGUGGAGGAGUCUUUACAGCCUGGGACAAAACUGGCUGUGUUUGAUCACAUUCCCAGCAAUGCGUCAUUUAUAAAUCCAUUACCAGAAAUCAUCGACAUUUGUCACCAAAGGGGUACACGGGUACUUAUAGAUGGAGCACACGCACUAGGUGUAAUGGAUCUGAAACUCAGCUGUCUAGGUGCUGAUUACUAUACAUCCAAUUGCCAUAAAUGGCUAUGUUGUCCAAAAGGUUGUGCAUUCUUGUAUGUAAAGCCUGAGCUCCAGAACUGCUUACAGCCACUUGUGAUUUCACAUGGAUUUGGCUUUGGCUUCAGUUCUGAAUACAUCUGGACAGGUUUAAAAGACUACAGUGCUUUCCUGGCUCUUCACACUGUAUUGGAUUUCUGGGAAUCUGUGGGUUUGCAGAGAGUUCGAGGAUAUAUCAAACAUCUCAUGUCCCAAGCUGUGGAUUUACUAGUGAACCAUUGGAAAACUGGUUUGCUGGCCCCGAAAGAAAUGUUUGGCUCUAUGGCAUGUGUUCAACUCCCAGAAUAUCUGCUUAAAGAUGGAUAUGCGAAUUAUGAGCAAGCAGAGAUCAUCCAGAAUGUCCUUUACCACCAGUAUAACAUUGAGGUACCAGUCAAAGCCUUGGGAGGAAAGCUGUAUGUUCGGAUCUCCACACAUAUCUACAAUGAACUGGAGCAGUACCAGAAACUUGCAGAUGCAGUUGAAGAGAUGACAAUAGAGUAGGCUAGGAACUUACCCUUCAGUAUUCUGAUUAACUGUCUUCUUACUACUACAUAUCUGAUUAUACUAUUUCCCCUUGGAGAAGUACUAUAUAUGUAAAUUGACUAUUGAAAAUAUUGACAAAAGAUAGUUUUGUUUGUAUGAUUAGCAGGGGUUCAGUAUUAGAACAGAGCCCAAUGGAGUAAUGCUCAAGCCAUGGUACAGAUUAAUGGUAUAGAUUAGAAUUGUGAAAACAACUGCAUGAUAAAAACACAAAUCCAAUGUGCUUUAGCAACUUCUGGAAUUUUCACUGCUGCCUGUGGUAGCUUAGCUUUAAAGACCAGCGAAAGUGGUGACAUGAAUUGGACUGAAGUAUUUGCAUUCUUCUUCCAAAAAUGUCUUAUAUUAAUAAACAGAGUGUUCAAGAGAAGAA